GAAAUAAAUAUACUGUUUAAUUAUUUAUCUCUUAGAAUAUAUUAUAAAACAAAUUAUUACUCUGCAAAUCUCUUCUUCUUCUUCGUCGUCGUCUUCAACUUGCACCCGAUUCCUUCCGGAUCUUACGCGGCGGCUCUGUUUCAGGGAGAGUUGCUUGUGUGAUGUAGAUCAAGGAUAUGUUAUCAUCUUCAGUCAGGUUUUAGUAUCAUCGGUUGUGUUUAGAAGAAGAAGCCUCUGUUACUCUGUUUUUCCCAUUCACUGGUUUGGAAGCAGCCCCAGGUGAGCCUGAGAGUAGAGUUUGGAGGAAUUGAUUUCAGAGAAUCAUGCCUUACUUUGCUCAGAGGCUUUACAAUACCUGCAAGGCCUCAUUCUCUUCUGACGGCCCAAUCCCUGAGGAGGCUCUCCAGAAAGUUCGCAAUGUCUUAGAGAAAAUCAAGCCAUCUGAUGUUGGAAUUGAGCAGGAAGCUCAACUGGCACGGACCAGGUCUGGUCCUCUCAAUGGAAGUAACCAGUCUCCCUCAGCUAUUAAGUAUCUUCAUUUGCAUGAGUGUGACAGUUUCUCUAUUGGAAUUUUCUGUAUGCCACCUUCCUCUAUGAUACCACUGCAUAACCAUCCGGGAAUGACUGUGGUAAGCAAGCUCAUAUAUGGUUCAAUGCAUGUGAAGUCAUAUGACUGGAUAGAGCCUGACAAGACCGAACCAGAAAAUCCGUCACAAGCAGGGAGACCCGCGAAACUGGUCAAGGAUACCGAGAUGACGGCUCCAACCCCAGCAACCACGUUAUACCCGAGAAGCGGUGGCAACAUUCAUUGUUUCAAAGCAAUCACCCAUUGUGCUAUUAUUGAUAUCUUAGCUCCACCUUACUCCUCAGAUCAUGAUCGGCAUUGUACUUACUUCCGAAAAUCCAGAAGAGAAGACUUACCCAGUGAAGUAGAAGUGGAUGGGGAAGUGGUCAAGGACGUGACUUGGCUUGAGGAAUAUCAACCGCCUGAUGACUUUGUGAUACGACGAGUUCAGUACAGGGGUCCUGUUAUUAGAACUUGAUUUGUAUGUUGUUAGUUCCUCUACAUAAUUGAUGAAGCAGGUUUCGGAUUACAUACUGACAAAGGUUGUCUCUGGUUAUUGCAAAACAUUUUACAUAGUGGCACCUCUUUUAGUUGAUUUGAGUGAUUAUUUUCAUUA